AACUGCUGUAAAGUUUAUUGGUUUGAAUUACUGUACGAGUGAGUAUGCUGAUGCAGAGCACAUGGUGAUCAAGUGAGCAGCCUCAGGCAUGAACGAAGGAUCAGACAGCAUAACUGACCGCUUGUUGAGCGGCGAUGAGCGCCUCAAGGGAAGGAAGGGGUUUAACGUCGUUGAUGGAUGGACUUGUCAGAUGAUAAGGCAGCAGCAGUCAUAUGUUGUCACACCAAGGAAAGGAGAUGAUGGGCACAGGAAACAAAACUUAUGUCAGAUUCUUUUGUUUUGUCUGUGCUUUUUCCAUCCAUUUUCUAUUCCGCUUCUUGUCCUCAUUCAGGUCACAGAUGAGCUGGAGCCUAUCCCAGCUGACUUUGGGGGAGAGAUAUACCCUGGACUGGUCAUUCACAGGCCAUAUAUGACCAGUAUGGGCCAGAACCUGGAUAAAUUAGAAGGUGGAGAACAGAUUGUUGUUGACGGAUCGGAGGAUGCAAACAGCCAUGCAGAUGAUGUCAUAGAGGCUGAAAGCGCAUGUAAAGAAGAAGCUGAGAACAAAGGGGGAAAUUGUCCAGAUUUGAAAGAAAGCCACAAUGAGGAGCCAACAACAUCAUCUCUUAAGAAGCACACAAAUUUGAGGGCGAGACAGUUCGCUGCAAGCGAUCUGGAAGAAGGAAGGGUGCCAGGAAAUCCGAUAGGAUGUAAUGAAGGAGGCCGAACCGUUCUAUUGGAUUUACCAGGCAAAUACCAAACAGGUAGUGUAAUGAACGAGCAAAAAGCCUGGACAUACCAGCAGAAGAGGACAGAGGAGGAGCUUGAAGCAUCCUCGAAGAUCAAGAUGGAGAACCAGGCGGAGGAGAACCAAAACAAACGUGAACGGUACGGCCACAUUGCCAAACCCGAGGAUGCAAACACUUUUGACAACAAGGGCGAAGAUUCUACGAGUGCGAUCAGAAGCUCUGGCGCUCGACUGGCAACCCGUGAUGACCUCCAGAAAGCAGGAAGUGAGUUUUUACAUCAACCACAUCAAAAUAAGACCAUGAUGGCUGAGAGUGGAGGUAUUAUGCUCUGUGUAGGAACGGUGAACCACUUGAGUGAGUGGAAAGAUCCAAUCAAUGCUCAAUCCCAACACACCCUGCAGAAGGAGCCUUUGAUGAGCAUGCGUGAUGCUACACAAUGGAGAGAAGACAAAACUUUGAAUGACAUUUCCUCAGCAAAACAAAAGGUGGCUGACGCUGAUAGAGCUCUUCUACAGUUAGAAGAAAAUCACGGCACACCUCUAUCAAAUCCAGAUGCAUCCGCGGAGGCCAGUUCUAUUUUGGAGAAGCUCUUGAGGAAAAACCAAAAGGAGGCGUGUCCAGCUCUAGAAAGGAUAGAAGAGGUGGAAGUAGAUCAAUCUGACAAAAAGAAAAAAGCAAUCACCACUGAUGAAAUAGAUACACAAGAAUGUGGCACCAACCGAUUUCUAUCUUCUUCAAUCAAAACAACAAAGGCUGACUUUGAUGUGGAACAACCUGCUGACGGUGGGACCAAAAGACAACAAGGCAACAAAGAAAUAGAGAUACACAUAGGUGUCUCUAAAAAUCUUCCCGCUAACAAGUUACAAACCACUGUUUCACAUGAGAGAGAGUCAUGUGACGUGAGUGGUGUGGUUGUGAAGGAAGCUGCACCAUCCUUUGAGUAUCCACACAUAAAAAAUGGACAGUUUGCAGAAUCUAGCAAUGUUCUCACCAGAACAAAUGUGGAUUCCAGUUCAAAGACAGAAGAAAGCCACCACAACACAUCCGGUAUAAGGCAGGAGCCUCUCAUGACAGCCGACGACGAGACAACGGAGCAACCUGAUAAAAAAGCUGUCAGCGAAAGAAGGGAUGAUAAUGUUUUAAUGAGAGAAAAGUCCCCCAACACUGUCAGGGCGAGGCCUGUUUCUGAUCUGAUCAAGGAAAACAUACAACUGCAUGAGAAGCUUCAACAUCAGGAUUGGUCUAAGCCCACUGAGGUCAAAGAUGAGCACAGCCAAUCUAUAAAGGUAGCACAGAUGAAGGCAGCGUUUGACUCGCCUCAGAAAUCCCCUGACAAAGCUCUUGAGAGGAAGCCGUCUGUGAGAAAAGAUAUGAAGCGAGUUGUACGGCAGAGCAAAUUCCGUCAUGUCUUUGGCCAGGCGGCGAAAAAUGAUCAGUGCUAUGAUGAUAUCCGGGUGUCAAGAGUCACAUGGGAUAGCGGCUUCUGUGCCGUUAACCCCAAGUUUGUUGCCAUAAUUAUUGAAGCCAGUGGUGGUGGAGCUUUCCUUGUUCUUCCUCUUCACAAGACAGGACGUAUCGACAAAGCCUACCCCACGGUGUGCGGCCAUACUGGCCCAGUGUUAGACAUUGAUUGGUGCCCCCACAAUGAUCACGUCAUCGCCAGCGGCUCUGAGGACUGCACAGUGAUGGUGUGGCAGAUUCCUGAAAAUGGUCUUGUCACUCCCAUGUCUGAGCCUGCUGUGGUACUGGAAGGACACUCCAAGCGAGUUGGCAUAAUCACGUGGCACCCUACAGCACGCAACGUUCUUCUCAGUGCAGGUUGUGACAACGUGAUCAUGAUCUGGAACGUGGGCACAGGCCAGGCCAUGAUCACCCUGGAAGACAACAUGCAUCCUGAUGUUAUUUACAAUGUUUGCUGGAACCGCAAUGGAAGCCUCAUCUGCACUUCCUGCAAGGACAAGUCUGUCCGUGUUAUUGACCCACGCACGGAGACUAUUGUUGCUGAGAAGGAAAAGGCACACGAUGGUGCUCGUCCCAUGAGGGCCAUCUUCCUUGCUGAUGGGAAAGUGCUCACCACUGGUUUCAGUCGUAUGAGUGAGAGACAGCUCGCUCUGUGGGACACGAAAAACAUGGAAGAGCCUAUAGCUGUCAAUGAGCUGGACACAAGCAAUGGAGUGCUCUUGCCCUUCUAUGACCCAGACACCAGUGUUGUUUACCUUUGUGGAAAGGGUGACUGCAGCAUCCGCUACUUUGAAAUCACGGACGAGGCUCCGUAUAUUCACUUCCUCAACACCUUUGUCACCAAGGAGUCUCAGAGGGGCAUGGGCAGCAUGCCAAAGAGGGGCCUUGAUGUCAACAAGUGUGAAAUAGCAAGGUACUAUAAACUGCUCGAAAGGAAGUGUGAGCCUAUUGUCAUGACCGUACCAAGAAAGUCUGACCUGUUUCAAGAUGACUUGUACCCUGAUACAGCCGGGCCCGACCCAGCCCUGGAGGCUGAGGAGUGGUUUGAGGGCAAGAAUGGAGACCCUAUCAAAAUCUCCCUCAAAAACGGCUACGUUCCACUCAAGAACCGGGAGUUCAAAGUCGUCAAAAAGAAUAUUUUGGACGCCAAGGUGACCAAGAACACAGAGAAUUCAAGCCCAGCUUCCACAAAUCCAUCGAUUAAAUCUGAAGCCAAGCUGGAAGAGAUAUUGAAAGAAAUGAAAUCCCUCAAGGACCUGAUCAGCAGUCAGGAGAAGCGACUGGUCAAAAUUGAAGAGCAAAUGUCCAAAAUUGCCAUUUAGGGACUCUUUGCCCGACUAGCUACAAUUCACUACGUUCUAUUGGCUCGGAGUAAAGCGGGACCAGUCAAUGCCUAUCUCAAUGACAGUGUUUCGUCUAAGGCCUGCCUAGCAACGAUCCCUAUCAACAUUCCAGAUUAAUGUUUCCUAGCUAGCCCCAAACACUCUGCAUAACACAGUUGGAAUAAGAAGGGUGUGCAAACUUUAGCAGAAAAUGUUCUUCCUAUUUCCCUUUUAUUCCAUGGCCGUUUUUAUUUUGUUGACUUGUAUAAAAUGUCUGUCUAGUGUUUUUUUAGGGGAUGGGGGCCGAGGCCAACAAAUUCCAAUAUGAGCAUUCCCAAUGUAUUUUUUUUUUAUUAUAAUGUCAGCUUGGCAUACUCUAAUAUUGAAAUGUGGCCAUCCAAACUGGACUCUUCUCCUCAUCCUCGCUCAAAAGAUGACUCUAUCUUCCUGUUUGAGGCUGCACAAAUCAACAUUGACGACAUCUGUUAUUUUCCCCCCUUUUGCUGUCAUUCUUACUCCCUCAUGCCAUGUGCACGUCCAUUCCUUUACUUUGCAGUGUGUGCUUGGUGAGGAAAUGAAAGUAAGUUGAUGGUUUUCAUUGUGAUGUACUUAUGUGCGGGCCACAGAAAGAACCAACUUAAUGGAUCUCUCAAAUCAGUCCAAAUGUUCACUCACAGGUUCUAGUCAGAAUCCACACAACUGUAGUCAGGCAUAAUGGGGUUAUUGUUGCCUUUUAAAGACUAUUUUCAACAAUCUGAUUUGUUUUCAAGACAAUCAGGGCAUGACAGAAACCCAUUUGAUGAUCAACCACUCGAGAUAUAUCUUAAAAAAACAAGAUUAUGUGACUUACGUGCCUCAUCUUUUUGGCCUUUUUGGUGUCUUGUCACUGUGGACAUUCCAUUCCGUCUUUGCUUCGUGGGGGUGGGUUAUUUGAAUAUUUUGUCUUUUCUUUCACUGUUCAUUUUAGCCGAUUUCUUGUUCCAGCUGUGCUUAUGUCCCUCUUCGCACUUCCACCUCUGGCUUUUCCCCCUAAAAUGCCCAUUCGGGACAAUUAAUUGACACACAGGAACCAUAUCAUUUUCUCAUGUGAGCUUUUUAAAGCCAAAUAUCUUUAUUUUCCAUCUGCUUCCCAGUGGGAAGCCGAGACGGGUAAAAAUUUUGUGUUAUUUGCCUUUGUUUUUUACCACUGUAAAGCCCUGAAAGUGCCAUAGGCGUGAUAAAGCAAGUGUUUGUAGAGGACUGAUGUGUGUGCAUGUGUAGUUCACAUAGUAAAUGGAAGAUUUGAAACCACUUAUGGGAGCAAAAACGUGCAAGGUCAUCAGACUUGGUUUUUCAAAUAUGUCUGCUGGAUGACAUGCAAAAGCUACAUCCCAUAACAAUCAGCAGUAACAGGAUUGCUGUUUUCAUGCCAUCUCUAAUGGUGGUGAUGUCAAACCAAGAAUACUGAUGAAUAUGAAUAUGAUGGCGCACUGACAGAACACCUCUGUAGGGUCCUGUUUGCACUGUAAACACCCGAGCAAAAUUUUGAAAAGUAGUGACUAGCAAUCCAAAGGGACAUUGUAGGUUGGAAAGAUAGAUGUUAGUAAUUAAGGACUAGAAAAUGAGUGGAAGCUAAGCUGUGUACAUAACAUUACCAUGUUCUGUCUUUUCCUUUUAUUUUCUUUGUGGCUGUGCCGAAGAGGGUGUUGUAAAGGGGGUGGGUUUUAAAUGUUUCCCUUUGUCCAUGUUCCCUGCAUCUCGCCAUAUUGCAACAGCAGGAGUUUCUGUUAUACUGGAGGGUGUAUAUGAAAAUCAAAGCAAAUCAAGCAAAAACAAACCGGGUUGAAGCCUGGUGUUGCGGUGUGCUCAACAUUUUUUGUUCAUUAUUCUUGCUUCAAGUAUCAAACAUUGAUUACAAAAAUAAAGACUUUUUAAAAUGGA